AUGCGCCGCUGUCCCCACGGCAGCGCUGACCAUUUGUACCAUUCCACUUACCUUCACAUCGACUUCCUGGCGCACACCCUCAGCAACGUCAGCAACGCCCCCGUAUCCCUCCCAGCCUUUCCCACGGAGGGCUCAGUUCGUCCGACCUCAGACGAGUCCGCACCCUUUGCCAACUCUGGCGACAGUGCCGAGCGUGCCCUCCGUCGCAUGGCCGGCGAACCUGCAGCACUAAUUGUCGUAGACCCCGCUGGCGCUAUUUUUACCGACCCACGGGCCGUUCGCUCGAUCGCAGCGGCCAUUUCUGCCCUACAUCAGUGCACAAAUGCCAAGGACCCUCAGGAAGAACGCCAGGAUGAGCAGCUGGUGCCUGCCGCCGCUGGCGGCGACUGCGGCGCAACCGCCCCAGCUGCAGGCUCUCAGCCGUUGCGCCUCCAACUCGCCUCCGCACUGGACGGUGCCGAUUGGGCACCUGUAAUAGCAGCCUUUGGCCGAGCAGCUGGGCUGCUGCCGGACGAUCCGGCGGCGGCGCGGAUUGUCUGUGAGACGAUCCUGGAGUCGGCGCAGCAUCAGCACAACGCCCUUGUGCCCCUGCUUCAUGCCUUUUGCAGCCGUGCUAGCUUCUCACUUGAGGCCGAAUGCGGGUGCUGUGUCGCUGUUGGCAGCGUUGGCCCCGUCGUUGUCGUACCGACAGCCGCUGAUGUUACCAUGAACGACGGCGUCGGCGGCGUCGGCGUCGGAGUUGGUGACUGUUUGCCGCCAGUUCAGCGGCACGUGCUGCCGGGGCAGAUUGAGACAGCGGAGAAUCUGGCCAUGGCCGGAGGCAGCGGCGAUGAGGAUUCGAUCAACGGGGAUGCGGAUGGCGUGGGCGGUCGGGGGCACGGGCCAGACAGUCAGAGUGGUAUCACCAGGUUCGCACGUGACUUGUUUCGGGGGGGCGUGCUGCCGCCCACAUCGCCGCCGCCGGCGGUGCCGCCCGGCGAUGCCGACGCGCUUUACCUUGCCCGCCGGUCGCGUUCGCUGACGGAGAGCGCCAUCACAGUCUCCACCGCCUCCGCUCGCCAGAAGCGGUUGCCUGGCCGAAGCUCCAGCUCCGCACUUGCCGGGGCUGCGCCCCCGAUGAUGCCGUCGGCGGCGUCUGGCGGCGGGAGAGGCGGUGCCGAUGACGGCGCCCCGAUCAGCGGCGUCUGCUCCUCAUCACUGCAGCCAGGCUCCGGCGCUUCGGCGCCCGCGCCGUACAGCAUGCGUGGCGGUGGCGCCCUCAGCGCCGCGAGCUUUCGGGUCCCAAUCACCAGCGGCAUCAUCGCCUCGAGUGCCGCCGCAGCCGGAUGCCUAAGCAACACCAACACAGCCGCCGCAGCUGAAGCGCGGCAGGGCUCCACGUGCAGCUACAUGCACUACGCAUCCGCCAUGGCGUCGGUCGCCUCUUCAACGGCUGGAUGUUUAGGAAGCAGCAGCCACCUGCUGCCAUUUGCGGUGGAGGCCGCGCGGCGAUACGCGGCACUGCUGGAGGCUGUUGGGCUGUGGGCCACCGCGAGUGGCGUGUUGGAGGCGUGCCUGUGCUCGGUUGGCGAGUGCUGGGGCCAUCGCUCCAGUCGCAUGGCGGCGCUGUUGACGCAGCUAGGCCGUCUGCAGCAAAUGCAAGGGCUAUAUCGGAGUGCGGAGGUUACGUGGCGGCAGGCUUUGGAGGCCUUGGAGAGCGUCUACGGCCCCGAUGGUGUGCCAGUACUCCAGUGCCGUGUAGCGCUGGCGCAGGUCCUUGCGGCGCUGGGAGAGCAGGAGGCGGAAACCAUGAUGCGCGGCGCGCUGGCGGCGUUGGAUGCCGCGUUAGGACCUACUGCGUCGGAGACGCUGGAGGCGCGGGCGGCAGUGGGGAGCUAUCUGACCCAGAACGGCCGCUGGUCCGAGGCGGAGGUGGAGUACCAAGCGCUGCUGCAGACGAUGGAGGACGCGCCUCCACCGCCCCCGCCGCCGCCGUUGCCGCUGCCGCAGCAUCAGGAGACGCUGCAACAGCAGCACGGAGCGUCGGAGAUCUUAUCAACGACUGUGGAAAGAGCAGCGGUGGCGGGGGGGGUUCCGUCGGCGCGGGGGCUGCGGCAGGGCUGCGGUAGUGGCGGCGGCAGCGGCGGCGCGGUAUCGUCCCCGCAGCACCGCGGCGUGUCGCGAGCGCUGACGACGACGCAGCAACAGCAGCAGCAGCUCCUUUCCGGGCCGGGCUUGGGCCUGAGUCCGGGGCCGACGGAAGGGCCGAACAGCAGCAGCGCCGUUCCGUCGUCAGCGGCGGCGAGGCCGGCGUUGAAAAAGUCGGAUUCGCGUUGUCGAACGGCCUGGGGAUCCUAUCCCGAAGCAAUGGGAGCGGCCGCUCCCAACGCCGCCGCCUCAGCGUCGUCCGCUGAUACUGCAGGUAUUGCAUCACUUAUGAUGCCGUACAGUCCUGGUUACGGAGCUCGUGCUACCGGCGCAUCCGGUGUGAGCGUGACAUUCCACCGCCAGGUUUUGCCCCCGCUGUCGUCUUCGGCGGAUAAUAUCCCAUCCGCCACGUACCCAAUCACUCUCCCGCUGUCGGGGGUUCUCGCAGGCCCCCCUCCCGGGCUGCCGCUGCUGCCGCCGCUAGGCGGCUACAACGGCGGCAGCGUCACGACGGCCGCCGUGGAGGCCUCGCCGUUGAGCAGUUCUGUUGCCGGCGGCGGCGGCGGUGGCGGUGGUGGCCACAGUGGCCUAGGACCCGGAUGCGCUGAACCAGUGGCUUGGAGCGCUGCGGCCGCCACGUUGGCCGACGUCGUUGCUGCCAUACACCGCGAGUACGGCGGCAUUAACGAGCUGUACGAGGGUAUGCAUUUGGCGGGUCCGGAGGGUUCUACAGCAGCGGACCUCGCCGCGCUGGCGGCGGUUUGUCCGCGGAGCGGUGCUUGCAUCGCCGCCGUCGUCAAUGUACGGCGCCUGACGGACGCAGCCGCACUGUACGAUGCAGCGCUAGCGACGCGGCGUGCUGUACUCAGCGCUGCACACCCUGUAAUGAUAGACCUGCAGCUGCAGUACGCCAGGUAUCUCAGUUCGGCUGGGGAGUACGGCCGCGCCGAAACCGUCUGUCGUGUUGCUCUAGAACAGCUCAUGUUCAAACCGCCGCCUGGUCCACCUCUGUGGCGGCAAGGAGCUGGUUCCGAAUCCGCCGACGGUGAUAGCGCCGGCGGCGGCGAUGGCAGGGUCGGCCGCCACCCAGCGGAAGUCCGCGUACGUCAAACGCUAGGUGUCGUACUGGCAGCGGCGGGCUCGCUUGCCGCUGCCACGGCGCAGCUGACCGCCGCUGUGGAUCUCGCGGAGAAGCUCGUGGCGACUGGCGACAUGGCGCCGGCUGACGCGCGCCGCAUCGAGGCACUUGACAGUCUUUCUGAAGUGCUGUGGCAGCGCGCGCAGUCUACACACGCCGCCGCUGCAGCGGAGGCGCCGCCGCCGGCGUCGUCGUCGUCGUCGUCAAUAAUGCAGGCGGGCUCGGCGCCAUUCGCCUCCCGCGCCGUGGAGUGCAAGCGCCAGGCGCUCGGGCUGACGGCGGCGGUGCGCAGCGAGCGGCACGAAAGUGUGAUGAAGGGCUGGGUAGCCCUGGGUCAGAUGUUGGAGGCGGCGGGUGACCUGGCGGCGGCGGAGCGUGCGUACGAAUGCGCGGCGGAAGUGGCGCUCCACCGUCACAGCCGUCUGUCCGCGGCCACCAAGGCCAUCUUCCGCCAGCUCCAGCGGGUCUAUCAGGCGCAAGGCCGCACCGCAGAUGCCCAUGUACUGGGGCACAUGUACCGGCUCAAGGGGGGGCUGCUGUCGGCGGCGCCGCCUCCCCCGGCCGCGCCCGUACAAGCCCAAGCGUGA